AUGCCGCCGAAGCGUACACCUGUGAAGAAUAUGGAAGGUGGUGGUAGCAAUUCCGCCGCCGCCAGCAACGACGACGCAGUGGAAGAGUUCGACGCGCUGGUGCACAUGCGUGGCUCAGCAAAGGCGAAGCUGACACGCGUCAAGCACAUGAUGGAUCAAAUCGUAGAGGAGGAGAUCACGCUGCCGCAGGUCAAGGUGCACCAGAAGAAAGUGGAAGCUGCCUACAAGGAGUAUUCGGACUACCAUGAACGCAUCAUGGCGGUCUGCCCACCGAGUAAGAGACAGGAUCAAGACUGUAAGUACGUUGAAUUUGAAACAUUGUACGACGACAUUUCCCUCGCUCUCGAAACAUGGAUCGAGAUGCUGAGUCAAACGAAUCGUAAUCAACAACCGAUUGUGGUUCAACCGUCGCUUCCUCGUGCCAUUCCGCAUUUCGAUGGCAAAUACGAGCAGUGGGAAAAAUUUAAGGUCAUGUUUAGGGACGUGGUCGAUAGAUCGAAUGAUCCGCCACGAAUUAAGCUCUACCAUUUGGAAAAGGCUCUAAUUGGGGACGCAGCUGGCAUAAUUGAUGCAAAAACCAUCGCUGAUGGCAAUUAUGACCAUGCAUGGGAAAUUUUAGCAGAAAGGUUUGAAGACAAGCGACGAAUGGUUGAUCAUCACAUCUCUGGGCUACUCAAUAUGAGGAAAAUGUCGCAAGAAAGCCACUCUGAGUUGAGAGAGUUGGUCGAUUCAUGUGUUGGUCAUGUCGAAAAUUUGAAACAUUUGGGUCUAGAUUUUACUGGGGUAUCAGAUACAAUCGUAACGCACAUCCUAUCCAAUGCGUUGGACGAUGAGACAAAGAAGUUGUGGGAAUCCUCGGUCGCCCAUGGGGAAUUGCCUGAAUAUGAGGACACUGUCAAAUUUCUGAAAGGUCGCAUUUCCGUACUUGAACGUUGUCAAAAGUCCACUAGUGAUAGUAAGGUCAAACAAUCCGCGCGUGGUGCAGUCAAAGGACUCGUGUCCGGCAAGCAGUCGUCGAACGUGAAGGUGAACGUGGUGUCAUCAAGCAGCUGUGAGUUCUGUGCAGGAGACCAUCUGGCGUUCAAGUGCUCUACGUUAAACGGAUUGUCGGCGGAGGAUCGCUUGAAGAUGGUGCGUUUUAAACAGGUGUGCUGCAAUUGCUUGCGACGUGGUCACCGAAGUGGAGAAUGCAAAUCGAGCAAGACGUGUUCGAAGUGUAAGCGGAAGCAUCAUACGCUGCUCCAUACAGAAGGUGGUUCAGUGCAAAAUUCAAGUUCCAGCAAUUCCAGUGUGACAGAUCAGCAGCAGGUUCCAAAGCAAGCGGCGCAGCCAGACAACGCAAAUGGUCCGGGUAGCAGUACACCUAACACCGUGGCUUCGAAUGUGGUCGAGAAGCCAAUUUCGCAAGUGCUGUUGCUGACUGCAAUGGUCAACAUUUUGGACAAACAUGGAAAACCGCAAUCAUGUCGCGCUCUUUUGGACAGUGGUUCGCAGGUCAACUUCAUCUCGGAGGCGAUGUUGGAAAAGCUGCAAGUGAAUCGAGAAGAAAUCGACAUUCCAAUCACCGGAAUCAACAGCGUCAGAUCCAGCGUUCGACAACGGGCGAGGGUGGAGGUUCGUUCGAAGCAGAAUGGUUUCAAGAUGGAGUUGGAUUGCUUGGUCUCGCCGAAGGUAACAGGAAACCUGCCGACCUUUGAGGUUGACGCUGCUACAUGGAACAUUCCCGCUGGAAUCCAGUUGGCAGACCCUACGUUCUUCCGUCCAGGACAAGUGGAUUUACUGAUUGGAAUGGAAUGGUACGACGAUAUACUCAAGGCCGGUCGUCUGAAGCUAUCAGAAGAUCUGCCUACGCUCCGAGAUUCGCAAUUUGGCUGGUUGGUUGGUGGAAAAUAUGCUAGUGCUUUUUGUGGAACAAUUGUGAACUCUAAUGUGGCAUCACCAUCAAGUGACUCUUUAAACGAACUGAUGCAAAAGUUUUGGGAAGUGGAAAGUAUUUCCAGUGAGAAGUGCGUGAUGACUGAAGCUGAACAGUGUGAGCAGCAUUUCCAGUCUACACUUGGAGAUUCGAGACCAAUGGCGCUGAGGAGAUUCUACGCACUGGAGGCAAAAUUGCAGAAGAACCCGGACAUCAAGAAGCAGUACGACGAAUUCGUGGAUGAAUACGAGCAGCUUGGACAUUGCAAGGAAGUGCAUGAAGCGGAAGAUCCUGUUGGUUUGCAGAGAUGGUAUCUACCGCACCACGCGGUACUCAAGCCGUCGAAUACGACUACCAAGUGUCGCGUCGUGUUUGAUGCAUCGGCAAAGGUUGGUGGAAUGGCAUUGAACGACGUGAUGAUGGUUGGCCCUACAAUUCAACCUGAUUUGCUGACGAUCAUUUUGAAAUUUCGUAUGUAUCGGUAUGUGCUAAGCGCUGACAUCGCUAAGAUGUAUCGGCAAGUGUUGAAGGACAAGUGUCAUACUCCGCUACAACGCAUUUUCUACAGGAAGAAGCCCAACGAGCCACUGCGUGUCUUGGAGCUUCAAACUGUGACGUACGGUACAGCUGCAGCACCAUUUCUGGCCAUUCGUGCACUGUAUCAACUGGCAAUCGACGAGGAAGCAGAAUAUCCUUUGGCAGCGGAGCUGGUGAAGAAGAUGUUCUACGUGGACAACGUACUUUUUGGUGGAAACAAUUUGGUAGAAGUGAGAGACCUCCAACGAGAGUUGAUUUCGUUACUGCAACGCGGAGGUUUUCAUCUACACAAGUGGGCUGCAAACGAUGAACGACUCCUGGACUCUAUUCCUGAGGAGGAUCGAGAUAAACUGGUAAAGAUUGAAGAAUCUAGUGCCAAUGAGGUAAUUAAGACCCUUGGGCUUAUGUGGGAUCCGGUCGGAGAUGAUUUUCUGUUUCGGGCACAAUCUGACUGCAACAAUCCAGCACCGACAAAACGGCAAGUUCUGUCAGUUAUAGCAAGGCUUUUCGAUCCCCUCGGCCUGUUGUCACCAGUAAUCGUUCUCGCAAAGGUUUUGAUGCAGAAGCUGUGGAAGAACAAGAUGGAUUGGGACGAUCGACUGGAUGAAGAACUACUCGACGACUGGAGAUAUUUUUUGAACGCGCUGCCACUUGCAGAGGACUUCCGAGUUCCUCGGCGGGUAAUUUCGGAGGAAGCGGCAAGGAUUGAAAUCCAUGGAUUUGCAGACGCGUCAAAUACAGCCUACGGAGCAUGCGUGUACCUUCGGUCAGUGCAUUCCGAUGGUACUGCGAGUUCGAGCUUAGUUACAAGCAAGUCAAAAGUCUGUUCCAUAACGCCUAUGUCCAUCCCGCGCAAGGAGUUGAUGGCAGCUCUACUCCUGCAUCGAUUGGUUAAGAAAGUGGUUGACGCAAUGGAAUUGGAACACGUUCCGGUUACUCUCUGGUCCGACAGCCAGGUGGUCAUUGCGUGGCUAAACAAGCCGUUGGACUGCCUGCAAGUAUUCGUGAGGAAUCGUGUAGCCGAGAUUACAAGCGAAAGCGAACAUGUUUGGAAGUACGUUCGCUCUGCAGACAACCCAGCAGAUAUUGUAUCGCGAGGCAUGCCAGCGAAAGCGCUCGCGACGAGCAACCUAUGGUGGAAUGGACCGUUUUUCCUGUGCAGUGCAGCAUAUGACGAAGUGGUUCCUGCAGCUCUGGAAGAUGGAGAGAUUCCUGAACUGAAGCCAGCAGUGCUUGAAAUUGAGUGA